AUGUGUUCCACCACAAAAGGUAACCCCCACACCAUGACCAAACUGCAGGAGGAGAUAGAUACUGUGUUCCCCAAACAAGGUAACACCCACACCCAUGACCAAAUGCAGGAGGGAUGAUAGAUUACUGUGUUCCCCAACAGGUAACCCCCAACACACCAUGGACAAACUGCAGGAGGAGGAUAGAUACUGUGUGCACCAACAAUGGUAAUAACCCCCCACACCAGACAAACUAAGGAGGGGAGUAGAUUACGGUGUUCCCCAAAAGGUAACCCCCACACCAUGACAAACGAAGGAGGAGGUAGAUACUGUGUUCCCCAACAAGGUAACCCCCACACCAUGCCUCAAAAUGCAGGAGGAUUAGGAUAAUUGUGUUUCCCCAUCAGAAAGUAACCCCCACACCAUGACCAAACUGCAGGAGGAGAUAGAAAUAGGGUUCCCCACAAGGUAACCCCCACACCAUACCAAAAUGCAGGAGGAAAUAAGAUACUGUGUUUCCAAAACAAGGUAACCCCACACACCAUGACCCCUAAAAUGCAGGAGGAGGGAGAUAGCUACGUGUCCCCAACAAAGGUAAACCCCCACACCAUGACAAACUGCAAGGAUGGGGGAUAAUACUGGGUUCCCCAAAAUAACCCCCCACACCAUGACCAAAAACUGCAGGAGGAGAGGAGAUAGAUACGGUUCCCAAAAAGGUAACCCCACACCAUGACCAAUGCAGGAGGAAAAUAUGUAAUGAUGUUCCCCAACAAGGUAAUAACCACCACACCAUGACCCACUGCAGGAGGAGAUAGAGAUACUGUGUUCCCCACAAGGGUAACCCCCCAAAACCCAUGACCAAACUGCAGGGAGGAAAUAGAUCUGUGUUCCAACAAGGUCAGUAUACCCCCACACCAUGACCAAACUGCAGGAGGAGAUGGAGGAGAGAUAGAUACUGUGUUCCCAACAAGUCAAGGUAACCCACACCAUGACCAAACUGCAGGAGGAGAUAGAUAAUGUGUUCCCCACCAAGGUACCCCACACCAUGACCAAAACUGCAGGAGGAGAUAGAAGAUACUGUGUUCCCCAACACAGGAAACCCCACACCAUGACCAAACUGCAGGAGGAGAUAGAACUGUGUUCCCCAAUAAGGUAACCCCCAACACCAUGAACAAAACUGCAGGAGGAGAUAGAUGACUGUGUUCCCCAAACAAGGUAACCCCCACACCAUGACAAACUGCAGGAGGAAUAGAUAUGUGUUCCCCAACAAGGUAACCCCCACACCAUGACCCCAAACUGCAGGGGGAGGAGAUAGUACUGUGUCCCCAACAGGAACCCCCACACCAUGACCAAACGGGCAGGAGGAGAUAGAUACGGUGUUCCCCAACAAGGUAGGGUAACCCCCAUACCAGACCAAAACUGAGGAGGAGUUAGUACUGUGUUCACCAACAAGGUAACCCCCCACACCAUGACCAAAUGCAAGGAGGAGAUAGAUACUGUGUCCCCAACAAGGUAAACCCCCACACCAUGACCAACGGCAGGAGGAGAUAGAUUACUGUGUUGCCCCAACCAGGUAAACCCCCACAACAUGACCAAAACUGCGGAGGAGAUAGAUUAGUACUGUGUUCUCCCAUCAAAGUAACACCCAACCAUAUGACCAAAACGCAGGAGGGGAAUAGAUACUUGUUCUCCAACAAGGAAAACCCCAACACCAUGACAAACUGCAGAGGAGAUAGAUACUGUGUUCCCCAACAAGGUAACCCCCCACACCAUGCCCAAACUGCAGGAGGAGAUAGAACUGUGUUCCCCAUCAAAGUAACCCCCACACCAUGACCAAACUGCAGGAGGAGAUUAGAUACUGUGUUCCCCAACAAGGAACCCCACCAUGACACAAACUUCAGGAGGAGAUAGAUACUGUGUUCCCAACAAGGGUUAACCCCCACACCCUGACCAAAAACUGCAAAGAGGAGUGAUCUGUGUUCCAAAAAGGUAAACCCCACACCAUGACCCAAAACUGCAGGAGGAGAUAGCAUACUGGUUCCACAACAAGGUAACCCCCAACAACAUGACCAAACUGCAAGAAGAGUUAAUACGUGUUCCCCAACACCAAGGUAACCCACACACCCAGAAAACUGACAGGAGGAGAUAGAUACUGUGUUCCCACAAAGGUAACCCCAAACAUGACCAAACUGCAGGAGGAGAUAGAUACUGUGUCCUCCAACAAGGUAACCCCCCCACACCAUGACCAAAAUGAAGGAGGAGGACUAAACUGUGGUCCCCAAUCAAAGUAACUACGAUGUCAGUCGGUGGUGAGGUACUGAUGUAAACUACCGGUCAAAAGUUUUAGAACCACCUACUCAUUCAAGGGUUUUUCUUUAUUUUUACUAUUUUCUACAUUGUAGAAUAAUAGUGAAGACAUCAAAACUAUGAAUUAACACAUAUGGAAUCUUGUAGUAACCAAGAAAGUGUUAAACAAAUCCAAAUAUAUUUUAUAUUUGAGAUUCUUCAAAUAGCCACCCUUUGCCUUGAUGACAGCUUUGCACACUUGGCAUUCUCUCAACCAGCUUCAUGAGGUAGUAACCUGGAAUGCAUUUCAAUUAACAGGUGUGCCUUCUUAAAAGUUCAUUUGUGGAAUUUCUUUCCUUCUUAAGCCAAUCAGUUGUGUUGUGACAAGAUAGAGAUAGCCCUAUUUGCGCUUGAUGGGUUUCUGCAACUGCACUUGAAGAAACUUUCAAAGUUCUUGAAAUGUUCCGUAUUGACUGACCUUCAUGUCUUAAAGUAAUGAUGGACUGUAGUUUCUUUUUGCUUAUUUGAGCUGUUCUUGCCAUAAUAGGGACUUGGUCUUUUACCAAAUAGGGCUAUCUUCUGUAUACCCCCCUAUCUUGUCACAACACAACUGAUUGGCUUAAGAAGGAAAGAAAUUCCACAAAUUAACUUUUAAGAAGGCACACCUGUUAAUUGAAAUGCAUUCCAGGUGACUACCACAUGAAGAUGGUUGAGAGAAUGCCAAGACUGUGCAGUGCUGUCAUCAAGACAAAGGGUGGCUAUUUGAAGAAUCUCAAAUAUAAAAUAUAUUUGGAUUUGUUUAACACUUUUUUGGUUACUACAUGAUUCCAUAUGUGUUAUUUCAUAAUUUUGAUGUCUUCACUAUUACUCUACAAUGUAGAAAAUAGUAAAAAUAAAGAAACACCCUUGAAUGAGUAGGUGUUCUAAAACUUUUGACCGGUACUGUAUGUGUAACCCCGGUGCCAGAUGUGGUGAGGUACUGACGUGUGUGUAACCCCGGUGUCAGAUGUGUUGAGGUACUGAUGUGUGUGUAACCCCGGUGCCAGAUGUGGUGAGGUACUGAUGUGUGUGUAACCCCGGUUCAGGCUCCUAUCCAGUACGAAGCUCUGAUGCAGAUGGACUAUCUGGACAGUGUGUUGAACGAGUCUCUGAGACUGUACCCCAUCGCCGCCCCCGACUCGAGAGGGUCGCCAAGAAGACGGUGGAGAUCAACGGCAUCGUCAUCCACAAAGACUCGGUUAUCCGGGUUUCCCACGUGGACCCUCCCCGCGACCCAGAGCCCAGAGAUCUGGUCUGCCCUUCGGAGUUCAAACCGAGAGGUACUGGGACCACACAUGUAACCACAGCACAACCACAUGCACAACCAAAUACAAGCCACAGCACUACACAAUUCAACUAUAACCACCACCACAGCACAACACAAUGAAACCAUAUCACAACCCAACAGCACAACCACAACACUAAGCACUACUUUACCACAAACACGGAUAAACACACUGACUGCAAGUAACCCACAACACAGGCAUCAUUAUACUGCAAUUGCAAUGUGUUGUUGUCGAACCACAACCCACAAAAUCAACUACAGUACAAUGUGUCAUGUGUCUGAAACCACAACCACAAAAUCAAAAUUAAAUACAAUGUGUAAUGUGCUGAACCACAACCACAAAUCAACUAACAAUGUAAUGUUCUUAAACACAAAACCAACUCAACAACAAAUACAAAUGUGUAAUUGACGAACCAAACCACAAAUCAACUACAAUACAAUGUGUAAUGUUGAUGAACCGCAAACACAAAUCAACUUACAGAUUACAUGUGUAAUGUGACUGAACCAACAAACCACAAAUCAAAACUACAAUAAACAAGGUGUAAGUGUGUCUGAACCCACAACCACAAUCAGACUACAAUGUUAAUCGGGACUGAAACCACAACCACAAAUCAACUACAAUAAGAUGUGUAAGGUGACUUGAACACAACCAAAAUCAACUCCAAAUGUUAAUGUGACUGAACCACAAAACCACAAAUCAACUUACAAUUACAAUGUGUAAUGUAGUGGCACCACAACCACAAAUCACCUACAAUACAAUGUUUUAAUGUGUCUGAACACCAACCACAAAUCAACUAUACAAUGUAAUGUGACUGAACCACAACCACAAAGCAACUACAAUACAAUGUGGAAUGUGAGCUGAACCACAACCACAAAUCAACUACAAUACAAUGUGUAAAUGUGUCUGAACCACAAACCAAAAAUCAACUACAAUGGAAUGGGACUGAACCACAACCACAAAUCAACUACAAUACGAUGUGUAAUUGUGACAGCAGAACCACCAACCACAAAUUUCAACUACCAUACAAUGUGUAAUGUGGACUCUGAACCACAACCACAAAUCAACUAAAAUACAAUGUGUAAUGUAAUGUUGUCUGAACCACACCCACAAAACAACGACAAAAAACAAUGUGUAAUCGUGACUGAACCACAACACACUCAACUAAAAUACAAUUGUGUAAUGGAUGAACGACAAACCACAAAACAACUACAAUACAAUGUGUAAUGUGCUCUGAGCCACACCCAAAUCAACUACAAUACAAUGUGAUGAGACUGAACCACAACCCACAAAUCAACUACAAUACAAUGUGUUGAAGGUGUCUGAGACAAAAAACCUACAAAAUCAAUGACAAUACAUGUUUAAUUGUGAUGCUGAACCACAACCACAAAUCAACUACAAUGUAAUGUGAUGAACCACAACCACAAACGACUACAAUACAAUGUGUAAUGGACUGAACCACAACCAUAAAUCAACCUACAAACAAUGUGUAAUGUGGACUGAACCACAAACCACAAAUCACUUACAAUGUAAUGUGACUGAAUAACAAACACCACCAAAUCACUACUAAUACAAUGUGUAUUGGACUGAACCUACAACCACAAAUCAACUUUACAAUACAAUGUGUAAGGUGACUUGCAACCACACCACAUCAAACUCAAAUACAAUGUGACUGAACAAAACACAAAUCAAUGACAAAUACCAAGUGUAAUGUGACUGAACCACAACCACAAAUCAAACUACAAUACCAAUGUGUCAAUGUGGCUGAGCCACAACCACAAAAUCAAAUACAAUACAAUGUGAUAAAUUGUGGACUGAACCACAAACCACCCAAAUCAACCAAUGUAUGUGACUGAACCGCAACCACCAAAAUCAACUACAAUACAAGGUGUAAUGUGACUGAACCACAACCAUAAAUCAACUACAAUACAAUGUGUAAUGUGACUGAACCACAACCACAAAUCAACUACAAUGUAAUGUGACUGAACAACACCACAAAUCAACUACAAUACAAUGUGUAAUGUGACUGAACCACAACCAACAAAUCAAACUACAAUGUAAUGUUCUUAACCACAACCACAAAAUCAACCACAAUACAAUGUGUAAUGUGACUGAACCACAACCACAAAUCAACUACAAUACAAUGUGUAAUGUGACUGAACCGCAACCACAAAUCAACUACAAUACAAUGUGUAAUGUGACUGAACCACAACCACAAAUCAACUACAAUACAAUGUGUAAUGUGUCUGAACCACAACCACAAAUCAACUACAAUGUAAUGUGACUGAACCACAACCACAAAUCAACUACAAUACGAUGUGUAAUGUGACUGAACACACAACCACAAAAUCAAUACAUGUAAUGUGACUGAACACAACACAAUCAAACUACAAUACAAGUGUAAUGUGGACUGAACCACAACCACAAAUCAACUACAAUACAAUGUUUAAUGUGUCUGAACCACAACCACAAAUCAACUACAAUGUAAUGUGACUGAACCACAACCACAAAUCAACUACAAUACAAUGUGUAAUGUGACUGAACCACAACCACAACCACGGCAGCAGAACAGUGAGGCUGUGGGAGGGUUCUUCUCGCAGAUCGGCAGCCUCUACAUGGUGCAUCACCUCUGGGCCUACAAAGACCUCCAGUCGAGAGAAGACACCAGAAACGCAGCUUGGCAACAUGACGGCUGGGAUGAGGUUGUCUAUUACACAGUUCCGCUGAUUCAGCACAUGGAGUCCAGAAUAAUGAUCCCCAUGAAGACCUCCCCUCUGAAGUAAGACCUCCCCUCUGAAGUAACCCCUACCCCUGCCAGCACCCAGGGGAGAUCCCGACUACCAAGCCCACCACCACACUGAUACAUAGAGAAUGUAACUGACCAACAAGGGAGCUUUCCUUUUUCUUCUUCUUCUUUUGCAGGUUAGCUUAGUGUUAAGAGCGUUGUGCCAGUAACCGAAAGGUCGCUGGUUUCUAAUCCCCGAACAGACUAGGUGAAAAAUCUGUCGAUGUCGCCUUAGCAAGGCACUUAACCCUAAUUGCUCUGUAAGUCGUCUGGAUAAUAAGAGCGUCUGCGAAAUGGACUAAUUAUUAUUAUAUUAUUUAAUUAUUACUAUUAUACCUACAAUACCAUGGGAAUUGGUGUCUAACCAUCAACCACCAUCAACUACAAGGAAUGUACUGAACCACAACCAACAAAUCAACUACCUACGAUGCUGUAAUGUGACUGAACCACAACCACAAUCAACUACAAUAAAAUGUGUAAUGUGACUGAAACCACAACCACAAAAUCCACUACAAUACAAUGUGUUAAUGUGUUCUGAAACCACCAACCACAAAUCAAUACAAAAAAAUGUGUAAUGUGGACUGAACCACAACCACAAAAUUAAACUACAAUAAAAUUGUGUAGUGUGAUGAACGACAACCAAAAAAUCAACACAAUACAAUGGUAAUGUGUUGAGCCACAACACAAAUCAACUACAAUACCAGGCUGUAAUGUGACUGAACCAAACCACAAAAUCAACUACAAUUUACAUGUGGUAAUGUGUCUGAGCCAACAACCACAAAUCAACUACAAUACAAUGUGUAAUGUGAUGAACCAACAACACAAAUCAACUAAAAGUAAUGUGAACAUGAAAACACAACCACAAAUCAACUACAAUAACAAUGUGCUAAUGUGACUGACCACAACCAUAAAUAAACUACAAUACAACUGUGUAAUGUGACUGAUCAUGAACCACAACCAAAAAUCAAUUACAAGGAAUGUGACUGCCAAAACACCACAAAAUCAACUACAUACAAUGUGUAAUUGUGAAUGCGAACCACAACCACAAUCAACUACAAUACAAUGUGUAAUGGACUUGAAACACACCAACAAAUCAACUACAAUCAAUGUGGGGACUGAACCACAACCACAAAUCAAUUACAAUUACAAUGUGUAAUGUGACGGAACCACAACCCACAAAUCAACUACAAUACAAUGUGGAAUGUUCGGAGCCCACAACCACCAAAUCAAAUACCAAUACAAUGUGUAAGUGACUGAAAACCACAACCCCAAAUCAACUACAAUGUAAGGUGAUGAACCGCAACCCCAACUCAACUUACAAGAAAAUGUGUAUUGUAAUGUGACUGAACCCCAACCAUAAAUCAACUUACAAUAAAAUGUGUAAUGUGACUGAACACAACCACAAAUCAACUUACAAAUGAUGUGAUGACAAACCCACAAAUCAACUACAAUACAAUGUGUAAUGUGACGCUGAACCACAACCACAAAUCAAACUAAAUACAAUGUGUUAAUGUGACUGAGACCACAAACCACAAAUCAACUCCAAUACCAAUGUGGAUGUGGACUGAACACACAACCAAAAUCAACUACAUUACAAUGCGUAACGUUCGAACCACAACCACAAAUCAACUAAAUCAUGUGGAACGUGACAAACAACAACACAAAUCAACUACAAUUACAAUGGUAAUGUGACGGGACCACAACCCACAAAUCAACUAAUGUAAGCGACAGAAAACACAACCACAAAUCAAACCUACAAUACAAUGUGUCAUGUGACUGACCACAACCACAAAAGCAAACUAAACAACAAGUGUGGUAAUGGGUUUGACACAACACAAAAUCAAACUACAAUGUAAUGUGACAAAAAAUACAACCACAAAUCAACUACAAACAAUGUGAAUGUGACUGAACCACAACCACACAUUAACUACAAGACCAAUGGGUGUAAUUGACGAACCACAACCACAAAUCAACUACAAUACAUGUGUAAUGUGACUGAACCACAACCACAAAUCAACAACAAUAUAAUGGUAAUGUGAUGAACCAAACCACAAAAUCACCUAAAAUACAAUGUGUAAUUGACUGAACCACAACCACAAAUCAACUCACUACAAUGGGAAUGUGGACUGAACCCACAACCACAAAUCAACUAUAAAUGUUAAUGCAACAGAACCACAACAAAAAUCAAAUUACAAUACAUGUGUAAUGUGACAGAUAAUACAACACAAAUCAACUACAAUACAAUGUGUAUGGAUGAACCACAAACAAAUAAUAACUACAUACAAUGGAUAAUGUGAUCCUGAACAAAAACCACAAUCAAACUACAAAUAAUGUGUAAUGUGAAUGAGCCACCAACCAACAAAAUCAACUACAAUCAUGUGUAUGUGACUUGAACCCACAACCACAAAAUCAACUACAAUAUAUGUGUAAUGUGUCGGAAACCACAACCACAAGCAACUACAAUACAAGUGACUGAACCACACACAAAUCACUACCAAUCCAAUGUGUAAAGUGUCGGAACCACAAACCCACAAAUCAAAUACAAUACAAAUGUGACUGAACCACAACCACAAAUCAACUACAUACAAUGUGUAAUGUGUCUGAACCACAACCACAAAUCAACUAAAUACAAUGUGACUGAACCAAACCACAAAUCAACUACAAUACAAUGUGUAAUGUGUUGAACCCACAACCACAAAUCAACUACAUACAAUGUGUAAUGUGACUGAACCACAACCCACAAAUCAACUACAAUAUAAUGUGUAAUGUGUCUGAACCACAACCACAAAUCAACUACAAUACAAUGUGACUGAACCACAACCACAAAUCAACUCCAAUCCAAUGUGUAAUGUGUCUGAACCACAACCUCAAAUCAACUCCAAACCAAUGUGUAAUGUGACUGAACCACAACCACAAAUCAACUCCAAUCCAAUGUGUAAUGUGUCUGCCCUCUCCCUGUCCAGGUUCAGUAAGGAGAACAAGGAGUCUAUUGACCCGUACACGUACAUGCCGUUCGGGGCAGGGCCCAGGAACUGUAUCGGGAUGCGUUUCGCCCUGAUCAUGAUCAAACUGGCCAUGGUCGAGAUCCUCCAGAGUUUCACAUUCUCCGUCUGCGACGAGACCGAGGUGAGACGCUCACCUGAGCAGACGGAAUAUGACAUCAUCAAAUAUCAGUAUCAUUCAUAGAGUUGGAUAGAGGCUGUAACUUGCCGCAGCACUUGUUUUAACAUGGAGCUGAUUUAACUUGGUUAACUUGGUAGCGGCAGGUAGCUUAGUGGUUAAGAGCGUUGUGCCAGUAACCGAAAUGUCGCUGGUUCUAAUCCUCGAGCCGACUAGGUGAAAAAUCUGUCGUUGUGCCCUUGAGCAAGGCACUUAACCCUAAUUGCUCCUGUAAGUCGCUCUGGAUAAGAGCGUCUGCUAUAUGACUAAAAUGUAAAUGUUAAGAGCGUUGUGCCAGUAACCGAAAGGUCGCUGGUUCUAAUUUCCGAGCCGACUAGGUGAAAAAUCUGUUGAUGUGCCCUUGAGCAAGGCACUUAAUGUAAUUGCUCAUGUAAGUCACUCUGGAAAAGAGCGUCUGCUAAAUGACUAAAAUGUAAAAAUGUUAGCAUCUGUUUUAACAUAGACCUGUUUUAGCAUGGUCACUAACUGUUAAACAUGGAACUGUUUUAGCAUGGUCCAACACCUGUUUGGUAACAUUUUCACCACCUGUUGUAGCAUGGUCACCUCUUGUUUAAAAUGGUCACCCACCUAUUUUUAACCUUGGUUCACAACCAGUUUAGCAUGGUCAUGACCUGUUUAACACGGUCACCACCUGUUUAAAUGGAAAAAACCUGUUUAAAAACAUGGACUGUUUUUAACAUGGCCACCACCUGUUUUAACAUGGGCCAACACACAUGUUUUAAAAUGGCCACCACCUGUUUUAACAUUGGACCUGUGUUAAACAUGGACUGUUUUUAACCAUGGACCGUUUAAAUGGCAACCACCUUUUACAUGCUACGCCCGUUUUAACAUGGUCACCACCUGUUUUGACCAAUGGUUCACCCAUGUUUUAACAUUGGUCACCACCUUGUUUUAACAUGGACCGUUUUAACCAUGGCAACCACCUGUUUUUAACAUUGCUCACCGCAUGUUUAACAUGGUCACCACCUGUUUAACAUGGUCACCACCUGUUUUAACAUGGACCUGUUUUAACAUGGUCACCACCUUUUUUAACAUGGUCACCACCUGUUUUAGCAUGGUCACCACCUGUUUUAACAUGGUCACCACCUGUUAUAACAUGGUCACCACCUGUUUUAACAUGGUCACCACCUGUUUUAACAUGGUCACCGCCUGUUUUAACAUGGUCACCACCUGUUUUAACAUGGUCACCACCUGUUUUAACAUGGACCUGUUUUAACAUGGUCACCACCUGUUUUAACAUGGACCUGUUUUAACAUGGUCACCACCUGUUUUAACAUGGUCACCGCCUGUUUUAACAUGGUCACCGCCUGUUUAACAUGGUCACCACCUGUUUUAGCAUGGUCACCACCUGUUUUAACAUGGACCUGUUUUAGCAUGGUCACCACCUGUUUUAACAUGGUCACCACCUGUUUUAACAUGGUCAGGGGAAUCAGGUCCUAGAUCAGUGGUUAGAUUAGUACCUAAUGGUUCCUGUUAGUACUGGGGGCUCUGGGAUCUAAUCCUAGAAUUGUGGUUAAGGCUGGGGAGGGUUAUGUAACAAGAGUUAUCAGACGUCCAAAGAUCACCCUAACACAACACACACAACGCCCACGCCCACACACACACAUAAACAGUAGUGUCCAACCAGUGAGUUGGAGAUCAUGGACACAUAAUUAUAAGAUAAUAUAAAUAACAAUAAUAUAUAUCCCUUUAGCAGGAUGCUUUUAUCCAAAGUGACAUAUAGUCAUGCAUACAUUUUAGGUAUGGGUGGUCCCCGUUAACCUGGCGUUACAAGGCCCAUGCUCUACCAACUGAGCUACAAAGGACCACAGUAUUAAACCUUGUCCUGGACUAAAACACACUUUCAAUGGACAUUAUCCCAUAAUGCAAGUUGUUGAAUCCAAGGGCCCGUAUUCACAAAGCGUCUCAUAGUUGGAGAUUGGCAUCCAGGGUUAAAUAAUUGAUUACGUUUCUUUGGACAGGGACAAGGUGAUACAAAAGUCUGAGAAGUGAUGCGUUGCACCAGAUUUAGCUAACAGCUCAUUUACAUCUGCAGUCCCUGAAAUAAAUAGAUAUAUGCUAUGUUCUGUCAUGUCAUAUCAUGUUCUGUCACGUCAUGUUAUUCUCUAUAGAUCCUGUUGGAGAUGGACAACCAGGGUUAUAUUCUGUUCUGUUAUUCUCUAUAGAUCCUGUUGGAAAUGGACAACCAGGGUUAUGUUCUGUUCUGUUAUUCUCUAUGGAUCCUGUUGGAUAUAGACAACCUGGGUUAUGUUCUGUUCUGUUAUUCUCUAUAGAUCCUGUUGGAGAUGGACAACCAGGGUUAUGUUCUGUUCUGUUAUUCUCUAUAGAUCCUGUUGGAGAUGGACAACCAGGGUUAAAUUCUGUCAUGUUAUUCUCUAUAGAUCCUGUUGGAGAUGGACAACCAGGGUUCUGUUCUGUUCUGUUAUUCUCUAUAGAUCCUGUUGGAGAUGGACAACCAGGGUUAUGUUCUGUUCUGUUAUUCUCUAUAGAUCCUGUUGGAGAUGGACAACCAGGGUUAUGUUCUGUUCUGUUAUUCUCUAUAGAACCUGUUGGAGAUGGACAACCAGGGUUAUAUUCUGUUCUGUUCUGUUAUUCUCUAUAGAUCCUGUUGGAGAUGGACAACCAGGGUUAUGUUCUGUCAUGUAAUUCUCUAUAGAUCCUGUUGGAGAUGGACAUCCAGGGUUCUGUUCUGUUCUGUUAUUCUCUAUAGAUCCUGUUGGAGAUGGACAACCAGGGUUAUGUUCUGUUCUGUUUUGUUAUUCUCUAUAGAUCCUGUUGGAGAUGGACAACCAGGGUUAUGUUCUGUUCUGUUUUGUUAUUCUCUAUAGAUCCUGUUGGAGAUGGACAACCAGGGUUAUGUUCUGUUCUGUUUUGUUAUUCUCUAUAGAUCCUGUUGGAGAUGGACAACCAGGGUUAUGUUCUGUUCUGUUAUUCUCUAUAGAUCCCGUUUGAGAUGGAUAUCCAGGGUCUGCUGAUGCCCAAAAGACCAAUCAAACUGAGGCUGGAGCCUCGUAGCAACACCCCCUCCACCUCUCUGAAGAGUCCAAACACAUGACCAAAUGCAGGAGUACCCUACCCAACCCUACCAUCUAUCUGUCUAACAUAU